GCAGACGCGCGGCGGCGGCCCCCGGCCCCCCGCAGCCGCGGCCGGCGGGGAGGCGGCGCCCGGCGGGGCCGCCCCAUGGUCUUGCGGGGGCCGUGGGGGAGCCGCGGGGGCCCCGGCGCGGCGCUCGCCCUCCUGCGCGCCAUCCGCACUAGGAUGUUGCGGCAGGUCUUGCACAGGGGGCUGGGGACGUCCUUCUCCCGGCUCGGCCACUUCGUCGCCAGCCACCCGGUGUUCUUCGCUUCGGCGCCCGUGCUCAUCUCCAUCCUGCUGGGCGCCAGCUUCAGCCGCUACCAGGUGGAGGAGAGCGUGGAGCACCUCCUGGCCCCCACCCACAGCCUGGCCAAGAUCGAGCGGAACCUGGUGGACAGCCUCUUCCCGGUGAACCGCUCCAAGCACCGGCUCUACUCCGACCUGCAGACGCCGGGGCGCUACGGCCGGGUGAUCAUCACCUCCUUCCGCAAGGCCAACAUGCUGGACCAGCACCACACCGAUCUCAUCCUCAAGUUGCACUCUGCUGUGACCAGGAUCCAAGUGCAAAGACCUGGUUUCAAUUACACGUUUGCCCAUAUAUGUAUCCUGAACAAUGACAAGACAUGCAUAGUGGACGACAUAGUGCAUGUGCUGGAGGAAUUAAAGGCUGCUCGUUCUUCUAAUCGAACUAAUUUUGCAAUCACUUAUCCGAUUACUCACUUAAAGGAUGGCAGGGAAGUGUAUAACGGGCAUCAGCUUGGUGGGGUUACUGUGCACAGCAAAGACCGGGUGAAGUCUGCAGAAGCCAUUCAGCUCACCUACUACUUGCAGGCAAUCAACUCCUUGAAUGACAUGGUGGCAGAAAAGUGGGAAUCCAUUUUUUGUGACACUGUUGAACUUUUCCAGAAAUCCAACAGGAAAGUCAAAAUGUAUCCUUUCACUUCUUCUUCGCUGAAGGAGGAUUUCCAGAAGACGAGCAGGGUGUCAGAACGCUACCUGAUCACAAGCUUGGUCCUUGUGGUCACCUUGGCCAUUCUCUGCUGCUCCAUGCAGGAUUGUGUCCGCAGCAAACCCUGGCUUGGCCUGCUGGGAUUGCUGACCGUGACCCUUGCCACCCUGACUGCAGCCGGGAUCAUCAAUCUCACUGGUGGGAAAUACAAUUCCACCUUCCUGGGGAUCCCCUUCGUCAUGUUAGGUCAUGGGUUAUAUGGGACUUUUGAAAUGUUGUCCUCCUGGAGAAAAACUAGAGAAGACCAACAUGUUAAAGAGAGGACUGCAGCCGUAUUUGCAGACUCCAUGCUCUCGUUUUCCCUCACCACUGCCAUGUACCUGGUCACUUUUGGAAUAGGUGCCAGUCCCUUCACUAACAUUGAAGCAGCCAGGAUUUUCUGCUGCAAUUCCUGUAUUGCAAUUUUCUUCAACUACCUCUAUGUACUCUCCUUUUAUGGUUCCAGCCUGGUGUUUACUGGCUACAUAGAAAACAACUACCAGCAUAGUAUCUUCUGUAGAAAGGUACCAAAGCCAGAGGUAUUGCAAGAGAAGCCUGCAUGGUAUAGGUUUCUUCUGACAGCCAGAUUCAGCGAGGACACAACGGAUUCAGAGGAAACGAACACUUACGAGAGUCAUCUUUUGGUGUGGUUCCUUAAACGCUAUUAUUGUGACUGGAUAACAAACACUUACGUCAAGCCUUUUGUAGUUCUCUUUUACCUUGUUUAUAUUUCCUUUGCCUUAAUGGGCUACCUGCAGGUCAGUGAAGGGUCAGACCUGAGCAACAUCGUAGCGACCGCCACACGGACCAUUGAGUAUACAACUGCCCAGCAGAAGUAUUUCAGUAACUACAGCCCGGUGAUUGGGUUCUACAUCUACGAGUCAAUAGAGUACUGGAACACCAGUGUCCAGGAGGAUGUGCUGGAGUACACCAAGGGCUUUGUGAGGAUAUCUUGGUUUGAGAGCUACUUAAAUUACCUUAGGAAACUCAACAUAUCUACUGGAUUGCCCAAGAAAAAUUUCACUGAUAUGUUGAGGAACUCCUUCUUGAAAGCCCCUCAGUUUGCCCAUUUUUCAGAGGAUAUCAUCUUUUCCAAGAAAUACAACAAUGAGGUUGAUGUCGUGGCCUCCAGAAUGUUCCUGGUGGCCAAGACAAUGGAAACCAAGAGGGAAGAACUUUAUGACCUCCUGGAAACCCUGAGGAAGCUUUCUCUCACCUCCAAGGUGAAAUUCAUCGUUUUCAAUCCAUCAUUUGUGUACAUGGAUCGUUAUGCCUCUUCAGUGGGAGCCCCCUUACAAAACUCCUGCAUUAGUGCUUUAUUUCUGCUCUUCUUCUCUGCAUUCCUGGUGGCAGACUCUCUGAUCAAUGUAUGGCUCACUCUAACUGUUGCCUCGGUUGAGUUCGGAGUUAUAGGUUUUAUGACCUUGUGGAAAGUGGAACUAGAUUGUAUUUCUGUGUUGUGCUUGAUUUACGGAAUUAAUUAUACAAUUGACAACUGUGCUCCACUGUUAUCAACCUUUGUCCUGGGCAAAGAGUUCACAAGAACUAAAUGGGUGAAAAAUGCCCUGGAAGUGCAUGGGGUAGCUAUUUUGCAGAGCUACCUCUGCUAUAUUGUUGGUCUGAUUCCUCUUGCAGCUGUGCCUUCAAAUCUGACCCGUACACUGUUCAGGUGCUUGUUUUUAAUAGCAUUAGUCACCUUCUUUCACUGCUUUGCCAUUUUACCUGUGAUAUUGACUUUUCUGCCACCGUCCAAGAAGAAGAGGAAAGAGAAGAAGAAUCCUGAAAACCGUGAGGAAAUAGAGUGUGUUGAAAUGGUGGAUAUGGAUAGCACUCGAGUGGUUGACCAAAUUACAACAGUCUAACUUGUUUGUUUGUUGCUUUUUUACAGUAGGUCUUACUGAGAAAAAAAUAAACCAGUACUGACUCAGUAUCUGGGGAGAGGAAGGGGUUUGGAGGUUUCUCCUCCCCCCUCUUAAGCUAAAUCCAGGAAUAUUCAAAACGAUGGGAGAAAUUUAAAAAGAAAAUAAAAGAGCCAGGGGAUUGCAACUUGAUCAGCUCCUGUAACAGGUAUUACGAGAGAAUUUGCACACCUGUGCAAAGAGGGGAUGCAUUUCAGACACGUGAAGUAAAAUCUAAUGAGAGAGGUUGGGUUCCUAAGCAGCCUUCUGCAUUGCCUGUGCUGCAGAUACUGCAAUUAUUGUUGCUAAACCCCAUCAGAUUGAAAGGUCAGCUGUCAAGGAUGAAGUAGCACUAAGUAUUCGCUGGAUGUAAAGGCUUUACAAACUUUCUGCAAAGCAAUAACUCAAGUCAGUGAGUUCACUCUUAUAGGUCUUAGCCAUCAUGUUUAAUUUUUCUUUUCUCCCCUAAUCUAAACAUUUAUGCAAGACUGUAUAACAGAUAGCAAACUGUACUGAGAAAGAAGGCAGUACACAGCAACCAAACACUUUCCAAACACUUUUAUGCUAUAAAUCACUUUUUUUUUUCUAAAAAUAUCCUUAUUUUAGAAUGUAAAUCAUCCUGCGUAACAUUUUUAAUCAUGGUUUUAUAGCUGUUUCUUUUUCUUAUAAAAAAAAAGAACAAAAAAAAAAAAGAAAAGAACAGAAAAUCCCAGUGAUUCUGUCACUGUAGAAACCAUGUAAUUCUGUUUUAUAAAUGUCUCGCUACUAGCUAAACACGUAACCUGCUUUACCAACAGUAACCUUGUUAGCACUCUACUAACACGUGCGAGCGGAUCUAGCAGCAGACAGAAGAUGGUGUACUGGAUAUUUCAGCACCCAAAUCCAUGAUGCAAACCUCAUGUACCAAAAUGGCGUCAAGAAAGUGAAUGUUAGGGCUCUUUUGGUGAGAGCCUAUUUCAGGCCAUUCACUAGUAAUGCACACUAAGAGGAUUAGUGGGUAGUUUUAUGUAACGUGUAAUUUAAUCCCUCCAUCUUCCUGGAGUACCAGUAAAGCAAUAGACCUGACAGCUACGUGCUCUUCCAAGAGACAGCAGACCCUGAGAGUUGUACAUAGCAAACUGAAGUUCAAUAGUAGCAAGUUGAACAACGUCCCCAAAGAGCCCAUAUCAAAGCGGCCUAUUGGAAACAUCGCAUCCGAGAGAAAAAAGAAAAGAAAAAAAAAGGAAGUACCUUAAAAAGAUUACGUUACUGAGUCUUUUUGGAGCUGUGAGUUCUAAAUAAUUCCAUCAGCAUCUCUGAUGUGGAGUAAUACAGAUAACAAAGCAUUUCUUCCCACCCUGCACCCCUCCACCCCUCAGAAUUACAUCAUUAUUACUCAAUGGUUUGUUACUGGGUUGGGAUACAUGAGCCAAUUGUCUGGGUUUUGCUGGGAGUGCUCCAGCUAUAAAUGGCCUGCAAAAAAACCGUCUGUGGGAAGCUGGCAUGUGUGUCAGGCAAUCUCAUGAAUGUACGGACCCAAGAGUGCUGGACAAGUUUUCAGCAGCUGGCGUGGUGCGUGCCAGUGCCCGGAGGUCGUUGGGUCCUGCAGGAGCCCUGGGGCUCGGCUGCAGGGCACCAGCACUGCGCAGACUUAGCGGAGCUCUGGCUACAGCCUGGGGGUGCUGCUUUGUGUGAAGCAGCUCUAUAGCAUCAAGUCCCAGCCACCCCCAGCUGCCCUGUGCAAAACGCACUAAGGCCACGUUGUGAAUGUUAAAUUUCAAGCAAACAGAUACUUCUAGAGCUUCCUCCCUCACAGAUGAGCAGAUAUUUUGCCCUCCCUGAAGCAAGCUGUUGCGUUCUGAGUAGCAAAACAAGUUGGCAUUGCAGCUGGCAGCAUUUGCCUUCCCCUGCAUAACUCCUCUCUGACCAGAAGGGAAGGAAGCAGUGUCCAGGAAUGCACAGGCUCUUUGCUUCAACGAGCACCAUUUGCUGCAGUAGCAGCUGGAAAGCAGUAACGACUUCAGCCUUGGCAGAAGUCAGACAGGCAGACAACUCAGAGACAGUCAAAUGAAUGCGAGGUGAAGGGAGAGGCCUUUUUCCCCUCUUUAGACUCAGGUGUGGGGCUAUGUUUUCCACCCAGAAAUCAUUCCUCCCAUGUACUUCCACUGUAAAAUUUUUGUGGCAGUCGUUAUGUCAUUUCAAUUACAAUUUCCCUAUGUUCUGACUGUUCAACAGGCAACUGCAGUGGCUUUUAAAAUUCAGAUGGCAUUAACUCAGUUGAGAGCUACAGAGGAAUUGCAAACCGUUUCUGACAGCAGCAAUCUACUGGCUUGUGGGACUCCUGGAAACGGGAGACGUGUGAAAGAGUUGGUUUGUACAUGGUAGAGAGGAAUACAUGGCAAACACCGAUUUGACACCUCUGCUACCCCUGAUGCUAUCACUUGCAAACACAGGAUGCAGGAUGGCUUCCAUAAGCCUCUCACGUCUAAUUGAAAUGCAUAGAUAGGAGAGUCUUUAAAGAGAUAUCCAAUGACAAGCUUGUACUUUCACAGUUCUCAUUAAAGCUCAGCAUGCAAGGCCUUCAGAGAUCUUCAAGGAAAGUGAUAAAACCUGUGAAAAAAUUGCCUUUCUGUCUUCAGAUCUGCUGGGGAAAGUAUAUGGAGGCAGCGCUGUGGCUAAGUGCCACAGUAUGCGCUUGGGCAUCCACAGGGUGAGUGUCAGGAAGACCACAUCUUUGCCCUGAGAGAGAGCUAAUGAUAUUGAAGUUAUUUCUGAGGGAUAUUUGCCCAACCCAUUAUAAAAAUCUGUUUAAAGGCAGAUUCCUCCCCCACCAGGUCUUCUCAGCACCGUGUUACCCACCAGUUAUUCGUAGUGGCUGCUCACAACUGGGAUGGGGAAGAGGAUCCAUGCCCCUCUCUGCACAGAGAAAUCCAUGUCAGGUGAGAGGCUGUUUCUGAAGCCUCACUGCCCUCUAGAAACCCAAAGCAGAGUCAAAACCAACUUACAUACCUGUCUCACCAUGUUUCACCUCAAGUUGACCUUCCAUUCCCCACUUGUAGGCUUGGUGAUCUGAAGUCAUGAAAGUGCUUAGGGUGUUCUUGGCCAAAGUCUAUGAGAUUCCUGCCUGAAUCCUGAUGUUUCUGAGAGACACCAAAUGUUCCUUCUCUACGUGUAGCCUGAAUACCUCAGCAUGAACCCGAAACAGCAUGUUCUCAAGGUCUCAAACUAUGCUAAUCCACUUUGGCCUUCCUUCCCGUAGGCUUUUUCCUCUGGAGCAGUUAUCUCCACCAAAGUCAAUUGGUAUGUGCCGCAUCCAUUGAUAUAGGUGCAGGUAUUGUGCUCUGUUCUCAGUCCAAAGCACUCCAAAUGGCAAACUGUGCAUCAGCUUUUACCCUCACUGGUGAGCCUCCAUUUGGAAGACUACCUAGGUUUAAGCAGUUUUUGUCACCCUCUUAAGAGGCUUUCUAGCCCAGGUUUCACUGUGGUUUUGUUUACAAUAGAGAUGACCCAAUUUUUGUAUACAUUCAGCGAGUAACAGUAUUUAUUAUACACUGCCAGGCACUGACUAAAAUUUAACAGCAAAAAAUUCGACUAUGGCAAAAGAGAAUAUAUAGGACUGUGGCUCACUGAGAGUGUUUAUCUUCCACAAACAUUAAAAUUUCCAUACAGUGAGGUAUGGGGUACAGUAUAUUUUUACUACAGGAUAAAACGUGGGGAAAAAGAACCAACUUAAGUGCAUAUGUCCACUGAGACCACUCCAGUUUUCUUGUAAGAUAUUUUCUAAUGUUGGCUUAGUAGAAGCCCAUUUUCAAUUUACAAGUUCCCUAACUGGAAGAAAAAAAUGACGAGAGAAAAGUUGGUAUAGCUGGAAUAAUUUCACCAUAAAAAUUAAGUGAUGAAGCCAGACUUUUCUGCCCAAAGCUUUAAGUGAAAUUGUUCCACUUAGAUUGAAAUUGGAGCUGUGAAGGCUGAGAAAAACCUGCCUAGCAAAGAAAAGGAACUUCUUUUCCAAAGGCAAGCAAAUGCAUUUAGCUUGGACAACUGCGUGAACCCGGAGGGAAAACAACACCAGAGUGGCUUGAGGUUGCAUUGAGCCAUGUGAGGAUUCGCGUCUGCUCUCAGAAGCUUUCUGAGCCAGCGCUGCAUUCAGGUAACAUGUGUACUGUAAAUUGAAAGGUGUGCUUUUAAAGGCUUUUCUCUGGGCUAGCUGUCCUCCGGCAAGCCACCAAAUCCCACCGCAGCCAACACCUCGUUUAUUUUUAUUAACCGAGGAAACAAAACAGAAUAGCAGCACAACUGAGAAAAUUCAGGAGAGAGAGAAAGAAGUCGUGAUUUCUCUUUUAAACAGGGAGAAAGUCAGAAAGAGCUCUUUGGCACGUGAUUUUGCAGGGGGGAAACUUUGAAAAGCAAAUGGGUGGGUUUUUUUUUCCUGCUGCAUAGCUUUGGAAAUAGAGCAUUCUGGGUGGAGGAGCUGGCUUUAGGUUUGCCGUGUACCUGGAGCUACUGCAAUUACCCAGGCGGGGACAGGAGCCGUAGGCAGGAUGGGAGCACAGGAAGGAAAGAGGACACGCAUUAGGUCAGAGCCAGAGCAUGGGCACUGAGUGCAUGUCACAGCCCUGCCCGGCACCACACACAGGGUGCAUGUAGCCCAGAGCCUGUGCAUAGAGCAAGCUCCUGGAGUGCCUGACACCUCUGCAGCACCUCUAUUUUCUGCAUCUAGAAGACCCGGAACAGAAAGGGUUACCCAAAGCCUUUUCCUCCCCUACAUAUACAUGGAUAUUAAAACCCCAACUCAUACGAACCAAGUUGUACAAUUUGGGCCACAUACAUGGGGGUGAAGUAUAUCUUCCUGCAUCUCCAAUGAGAAGGAGAUGCAUGUGGGCAGCAUUCUCCUCUUACAGCUGGGCACCCCACCAUCUCCACAGGGUACCCCAGGACCCCAGGGCAGGCACAGGGGGAACGUUACUCCCCCUCUGCCUAUCCCCAGUCUUGUUAGAGAAUGGGGAGAUUUAGUUCCAAACUUUGGCAGGGAUGGGCAUCUGUGAAUCCCAUCCUCUGCCAGGAAAGUGCAAGAGAAAAAUCUGGGGGUUCUUUUUUUUAAGACAUGGCAAAGGCUUGGUCCCAGAAGGGGAUCUGGAAUGUGUUCCUGCUCAGCAUGCACAGGUUGGGGCAGUGGUUUCUGCAGAGGUGGCCCCUAUGCAGCUCCCUGCCUGGGGGAUAGCAGCUCAGCAUCUCCUGGGGCAGCCACUGGUAUUCUGCAGGUCAUCACUAUUCCAGUUCUGGGGGGGGAAAAAUAAAAUUAAAAAAAAAAGGAAAGUCAGUAUAAAUAAUUCUAGGUUAUAUAAGCUCCAAGAAGUCUUAAUCUGUGUGUCACAUAAAUGGCUUGCAAGAUGUCAGGGGUUUUCAUUUGGGCUUUUUUAACCUAUUUUUACUAUUUUUGUAUUAAUUUAGGGGGAAAAGAUUGUAUAAUGAAUCUCAAUGUACAGCAUAAGCCUAAAAUAAAAUGGCUGUCUCUCUCUUUGCUUCCUGUGCUCCCCAAGUGCUGCAGAAGCCCUUGCCAUUGCCCAACCCAGCACAGCAAUUUGCCCUGUCUAAGCAGCCAGGCAGCGUCCUCUCCAGCUGCCACCAGAGAGGGACGCUGGAGCAGUUUGGGGCACGUGCUCUCUGCUCACACAGGAGCUAGUCUUAUCACUUGCUGGUGGUGGUGGGACUUCCCAACACUUCAGCAUCCGCAAAGCUAGGAAACUCCAUCAUUAUCACAGCGCAUCUCUCUCUCUCUGUGGUUGCUGCCCCAGGAUCUUCCCAUCCCUGCAGUCCAUCACCCUUCCCUAUUUCACCUUGCUCCAGGGUUUCCCCCAGCAGACCUACUCAGGCCAACUGCUGCGCUGGAGCAGCACGGCACUGAGCCAAGUGACAAGGGUAAGAGGCACAGCUGCUCUGUUGCAGCUGGUUGCAGUAAUGAGAUAAGAAUCACUUCCCUCUCAAGGGCGAGGGAGCCAGACCCAGGCCUGAAUCACUGCAGACAGCAGCAGGACUGGGAGCAGGCUGUGGGCAGUCAUAGCACUUGCCAAGGCUUUCAGCCACUUUGGUUUGAUGGGGAGUUUGAGUGCUCCUCAAAGGUGGCUUCUAUCACCCACACUCCUGACCUAGUCAUAGAAUCAUAGAAUGGCUUGGGUUGGAAGGGACCUCAAGGAUCAUCAGGUUCCAACCCCCCUGCCACAGGCAGGGCUGCCAGCCACUACAGCAAGUACUAGAUCAGAUUGCCCAGGGCCCCAUCCAACCGGGCCUUGAACACCUCCAGGGACAGGGCAUCCACAACCUCUCUGGGCAGCCUGUGCCAGCACCUCACCACUCUCCUGGUAAAGAACUUCCCCCUGACAGCUAAUCUAGAUCUCCCCUCUUUUACUUUAAACCCAUUCCCCCUUGUCCUAUCACUAUCUACCCAUGUAAAAGUUGGUUUCCCUCAUCUUGAUAAACUCCCUUGAAACACUGAAAGGCUGCAAUGAGGUCUCCCUGCAGCCUUCUCUUUUCCAGGCUGAGCAAGCCCAGCUCCUUCAGCCUGUCUCCACAGGAUGGGUGCUCCAGCCCUAAGUCCCUGUCACCUGUUCAUUCUCACAUCACCAGAACACUUUAAUUCCAAACUGGCACAUUUCAUUAUUUGUACAACUACUUUGCACACACAUACUGUGCAGGAUUAGGGACUCCAAACAGUGCAGUGUGCUCACAUUUACACUGAUCCCUUCAAAUAUCACUUAAAUGUGCAUAGGUUAAACAAAAUAUAGAAUUUGUUAAGGGGAGCUGGUUUUGAUAUGCUGAUUUCUUUUUACUGGCACAGAGCAACUGAAAUAUAUGCUAAGCACCGAGCUAGAAAGAGUAGAACAUGGUGUCUAUCAGGUCAUCGCUGGUUAAAGACCCCGGUAGCCGAAGGGCCAGAGUGUGUAGAAUGUUCUAUUCUGAUUCUCCUCUGCCACGUUCAGUUCCCCUGAAUACAGCCUGUCCGGGGAACAGACAUACUUCUGAGCAAGACUGCCACUUGUGUUCCUAGAAAUCACCACGCUGAGCGGGUGAAGUUUGCUGGAAACAAGAUUUUGAAUGUACAUAAACAAAGUGAUGCCAACACAAUGUGCAAAAAAAUAUGCCUUUGCAUACAUAUCAUAAUUAGCAAUCUGUUCACUGAUUCUGCAAGGAAAAAUGAUUUUGUCUUUGUUAGCUAUAAUCAGGAAAUGAUAUGUCCCACUAAUACAUACAUAGUGCAGACACCCCCAUACCAAUUAUGUAUUUUAUAUACACACAACUCAAGAUGGCUCUGUGAAAAAAAGAGGAGGAAAAUACAACCCUAAAACAUAGUCGAAAUCUGGUAGGAAGAAUGGCCUAGCUGUCCUGGAAUUAGGAACGUAUCAGCAUGGGUGGAGCAAGAGAGAAGUUAUGGAGGAGCAUAGGAACAUGGAAGGGAGCUGCAGAAAUGCAGAAGUGUUAAGAAAAGGAAAUCGUUGGGUAUUACUGUGCCAGGCGGAUGGGAGAGAAAUGACACAAAAACUUCUGAGCUGCAAAGAGAGGGAAGGUCUGAAGGAGAAGAUAGCAAAAUUAUGAGGGCAUGAAAGAUUUGCAGCUGUAAUUUAUACCAGGGCUGCCUAACAAUAGAUAGGGUCUGUUCGCAUAAGGAAAAUGAAGAUUCACCACUGCCUAAUUCUAUGAAUUCAAAUACAGACUCAUUGCUUCAGCAUAAAAGGUGGAUAUCAUUUGUAAUGGAGGCUGGAGCCCAGAGCUGGAGACUUUUGCGUGAUAUAUACGCAGUAUCACACAGAAAAAAGAGAUCAGUCAGAUGCACUCUGGCUCAUAACUUACUGCAAAUAACAAAUGGUCCCUCCAUCUCUUUGAACAGAAUUCUUACUCAGAGAAAAGCAGCUGGCUUUUAAUGUAUCUGAAACAGACAUACCUCCCUGAUAAAAUACUCAUCUGUCUGAGGGAUUUUUUUCUUCUCCUGACAAUGCAAUCGAUUUUCCUUCUGGACAAAAGGAGCCCUCAUGCACAUCACCUGCGGUAGGAAGUGGGAAAUACCAGCUCUCCUAAGGUGACCGCCAAGUCAAGAACAUCUGCAAUUGAAUUUCCCUCUUUUCUUUCCUGGGCAAAGCUGACCUGGGUUUGCCUAUUCUCAGCCCUGCGUAAAUCACCGCACUGCACCGAGGGGCUGCCAGGAGGUACGAUUUCAGGAUGUUCCCAUUGGUCAGACCCACUAAUGGGAAGCACUUCUGCCCAUGGUUAAGACCUUACUGGAAGGGUUGCUACAGAAGCUAUGACAGGAAAGCCGAAAGUGUUUUUGCUGCGCUGACUUUUCUCUGAUAUAUGGGAGUGAUGUGACGUAUAUUACUCGAUCUGAAAAGGAGAAACAUUCAAAGUCCAUUGUCAGAACACCAUAGUGUAUUUAAUAUCUCCUUCUGUGUGGAUGUUAUCCAGCAGAUUUAUAAUACAGACCCUGCAGAAGUGGGGAGAGUAAAGAGAGAGGCAGAGAGAGAAAAAUACCUCUCGGACGACUCAUUUGGCACUCUCCAAAUCUCUCUCUAUCAAAGGAACGGUUAUUGCCUCACAGUCAGGGGUGACACCAAGCCUGAAGAAUCUCAUUUACAAGGAAAGGUUAAAAGAAUUGGGCUUAGAAAUGGGAAGUUUGGAGUUGACUUAUGUGUCUUCAGAAUUGCAGAAAGGAUUGCUAACAUCUGUGAGUUCCUUUUCUUUUCCCAGCAUGUGCUUCAAAAGCCAGCAUCUCAGAAUACAGAAUAUUUGAAGUGAGAAGCAAAUAAUAAAUUUAUGGAGAAGGCUUCACAGGUAGAACUGACAAAUAUAUAUUGGAGAUUGGAGACAAAAAUUGGACCCAGAUCAGAGAUACCUAAAUUUACUGUAGAGAACUCCAUAAAAACCUGCAUGGAAAAACUCUCAGAUGUACUCACAGGCCUGAAGAACUAACUCUUCAGGUGGUCUGUUCCAGCACCUGGCUGAACACAAGGUAAGAGUUUUAAAUUACUGACACCUGCAACAACAGAGCUUUAAACUCUGGAGCCUGAGUAAGGGAGAAAUUGUUUAAAAAUGAUGAGACAUAAAUGUAAUGGCAAACUCUUGGUGUAUAUCAGCAUCUCUCCGUGGACUUCAGAGGUCUAAUAUCACUGGGUUAAAGCAUGGCCGGUCAUUCUCCAGGUGACUGUUUCCCUCUUCCUGUACCAGCCAAAGGCUGAGUCUCGCAUUGCCAGUCCUCUUCCGAAGGCAAACAGCCUCUCUGACACUGCCCAGGUACCAGCGUACAUGGGGCAUGGAGCCAAGGCUGGACCAGCACAGCCUUAAUGAGGAGCACCCCAUGCCUGAGCCGCUGCUGGGCAUAGCCUUAUUACUCCGUCAUCAGAGAGGCAUGCAUUCAUAUUUCUACUGCUCUUUAAAGGCUUAUAAGACAAAUUGGCCUCUGUGGUACUCUGUAGAUGUGCUAAAGACAUGGACGUGCUAUGGAUGCUAUCCAGGCCUACUUACACUUGUGCUUUUCCAGUGCUUGGUAACCUUUGGCUUCAUGCCAUGCAGCCCAUCUGAGAUUCAUACUGCAGGUUUUACUGGGAUAACUGUUUUUGUUUAGAUCAAACCAGUCUCUGUAUACAUGGAUUGUUUCAUUUGUCCCGUAAUGUUUUUCACACCUGCCAUCUCUGUCCUCUGUUAGCGCAUUAGGAAAUAAAGGUGGCAACAGCAGGAAAAAGAAUAAGUAAAAGUCCAGGUAGAAGCCUCAUUAUUUUUCCUAAGUGGCAGCUGAUUUUGUAAGGCUCCAUUACCAGUAAUUUUGUGAGGUUCCAUUUCCACUAUCCAAUUUUCAAAAGAUUCUUCAUACUCUGUUCCUAUGCCAGGAAACCUCUGGGUUUUCAGUAUACUGAUACAGCAGAGUAUAACAGCCAGCUCCAAAACACAUUGCCCAGCAGGUAAAAAUAAAACAUCAGAAACAAGAGGAGAGGACAGAACUGCUGUUCCUCAGAUUUUCAGCAUAAAAUAUGGGCAUUUCUUAAAAAAAAAAAAAAAAAAAAAAAAAAAUCACAUUUUUGCCUUUGUUCUGAUGAGAAAAUCCUACUGAGUAACAAACUUAGAGAAUCAUAGAAUCACAGAAUGGUUUGGGUUGGAAGGGACCUCAAAGCCCACCCAUCCCAACCCCUGCUGUGAGCAUGGUUGCCAACCAUUAGAUCAGACUGCCCAGGGCCCCAUCCAACCUGGCCUUGAAUGCCUCCAGGGAUGGGGCACCACAGCUUCUCUGGGCAGCUGUGCCAGGGCCUCACUGCCCUCUGAGUUAAGAAUUUCUGCCUAACAUCUAACCGAAAUCUCCCCUCUUUUAGUUUAAAGCCAAUCUGCUUGUCCUAUCGCUAUCAGACCACAUAAAAAGUCGAAACUUGAGGCAUAUAAAAUCAUUUACAAAAAUUCUGUCCAAAUUAGGCAGUAUUAUUGACCAUUCUUCAGGAGCCAUAAUGAAUGAGAGGCUGCUGUGCAGGAGGGGAGCUGUGGAAGCUGAAAUGAGAAAAGAUUUGUCUUUUUUCGAGUAUAUUAUAAAGUCUCAGACCCAGCUAACAGCAGUGUGCCCAGCACCAGAGCAGUGCAGCGUCUGUGUUUGGAUACAAUUGUUCUAUGAAACAACAAAUUGGUAAAUAGUUCCCCAGUAAGGAAGGCACCCACCAAGCUGAUUUCAAAAUGCUGCUGAAAGAAGAGAAGGUCUUGAGGUCUGAUUCCUCCAGCUGGAGAAAAUAGGGCAGAUGAGCUGUGAAUGAGCAGCACUGAUGAGAAAGGCAAUAACAACUGCAAACAGCAGCAAACCUGGUAGGCGUGAGGAAACACAGACUUGAAUGCAGACUGCUAAAUGUUACAAAAAAUACCCUGAUCCAGGAAAAAAUAGGGAAAGAUCAUCAAAGCCUGAGUCCUCUCUACAGAUAUUAACUCUUUGUUACACCUCGCUCAGCAGUUCCCUCAUGCUUACACACCAUUCCAAUCUAUAACUGAUUCUUUAGACAUAGUUCCCAUUGAUAUGCAUUACAUCAGCUAACAAACAAAUAAAGUGUACUUAGGUGGCCAAUCAGAGAUAGUAAAUCGCAGGGUCAUCCUUCACAGCUACUGCUUUUACUAAAACAUAUAGGAAAUAAAUAUAUUUCACAAAAUAGCAGGAAAGUCUACACAGAAUUCAAGUCUACCUGAAUACAACAAUUUGCUUCAAAUUGGUCAAUGAGAAGUUAGACAUUAUUUCCAGCUAAUACUUUUUUAAGCUUAAAAUGUAAAGGUGAAGUUUUUCCAUUCAUGCCUUCUGAAGAGAAUUAGAGAGAAUGAAUGUGAAAAACGUCAUGGAGUGCAAGCAAGCAAAUAGUGACCUGAGUGUGUCUGUAAAGCCUUGGCAGUUGACCUUCAUUGGGUGAAGAUGGUAAGUGGUUUGGAGAACCAGCACUUCAUGGAAGGGUUGAGUAUAUUUUCACCCCUAACAAAAUAUGAACCAGCUCUUCAGGGUAAAAAUUGAUCAUACAAGUCCAUUUGCCUGCUCUCAGUGAACAUGAAAAAACUCUUGUUCCUGACUGAACCCACAUUUUCUGCUGACUUUGAUUACAGAUAUACUCCUACUAACCGCUAAGAGGAAGGAAAUCCAAAAUAAGACUGCUCCAAAGCUUUAACUCUUUUUCUUUUCUCAAGAACCUAUCCCAACCCUCCUAUUAGCUUCUUCUUUUGCUGUGCCAGACCUCUCUGAUGAAAUUCCCCAGUUUCAGCCAAUUGGCUCAAGCGCUCCCCUAACGCACUCUUGCAAUUGUAAGCACUCAGGGGUUCCACUAAAAGGGUGGCUGGAUGCAGCUUCAGGACUAAGCGUAUCCUGAGUUAUAGAAUUAUGCACCAACAGCUAAAAAGGACACAACGACAAGGUGAACUAUUGUGACACACACUGUGUAAUGUCAUACAAUCAAAUGCAAAGUUUAGUAAACAUGAACCUCUUUGUCAUUUUGUAUUUAUUUAUACAGGUUUAAAAAGAAAAAAAAAAUAAAGCACAUAUUUAAAAAUA